AUGUUAAUGACCGGCACAACAGAAACGACGAUUAAACAUGAUCGUCUUCUUCAUCUACGUCGAUUCCUUGAACAAAUAGAACUCGAAGAAUAUUACACAUUGAUUGUCGAAAAGCUCAAGGUGUAUAGUAUUGGUGAUUUACGUUAUGCCAAUGAAUCUGAUCUACUUUCAUUAGGCAUGUCUAAGCCGCAAUUUCGAAAAAUUAAACGGCAUAUACCGUCAUCAUAUAAUACGGCUUUAAAUAAUAAUACAAUGUUGACAAGUACAUUGGGCAAGCUUUUAGUUCGAAAACUAACACUUCGUUCAACAUCCAAUCUAACACGAAGUACAUUCGAACUAAACAGUAAUUAUGAUCAGCAGGGUUCUUCAAUAACAUUAUUAAAUCAACAAACAACUAUGGGUAAAUAUCAACAACAAAAAAAUAUUAUUUCACAACAAAAUAUUCAAUUAAUUGAACAAAUUGGUGAAGGAGAAUUUGGCAUUGUUCAUAAAGCUUUUUGGAGAACAAAACAAAAUGAAUUAUUAACUGUUGCCGUUAAACGGUUACAUAAACUUGAUCAAGAUUUUGGUAUUGAUGAUAUAUUAAAAGAAAUAUGUGCAUUACAAGAUAUUGAACAUACACAUAUUGUUCAAUUUUUUGGUAUUGUUAUACAAACAGAUGGUUCAUUUAUGCUUGUAACAGAAUAUGCUCAUUGUCGAUCUUUAUAUGAAUGUUUAUUAUCAAAUAAUGGUAAAUGUGAAUAUACAAUAGAAAUUUUACUUGAAUUUUUAAGACAAAUAACAACAGCAAUGAGUUAUUUAGAAAAAAAAUUUUUAAUACAUAGAGAUUUAGCUAGUAGAAAUAUUCUUGUUUUUAGUAAAACAUUGGUUAAACUUUCUGAUUUUGGUCUUUCUCGUCUAUGUUGUUCAGAAACAAAUUAUUAUAAAACAUCAUGGAAAGAUACAUUACGUUUACCAAUAGCAUGGAUGAGUCCAGAAGCAAUUAAUUUUCUACGUUUUACAACAGCAUCUGAUGUUUUCUCAUUUGGCGUUUGUAUGUGGGAAUGCUUUACUUAUGGACAAAUGCCAUGGCAAGGAAUGUCAAGUGCUGAAAUUGUCAAUGCUAUUAACGCACCUAAUCAUCAACGAUUACCACGCCCACUUUAUGCUACAACAGAACUUUAUCAAAUUAUGCUUCAUUGUUGGAAAUUUGAACCAACUGAACGUCCAACAUUUUCACAAUUAGAAAAAACUUUAGGAGAAAUUGAACUAAAAAAAGUUCGUUGGAAAGAUAAAAAUUCAAAAUUAAUAAAUUUGCCCGAUGGAUUUCUUUCAAUAGAAUCUUGCAUACUCGGACCAUUGACUAUUCUCGAUCGAUGUCUUAACGUUCCCAUAUCAUCGUCAUCGGUCAAUAAUUUUCUACAGUGUGUAUCUGUAGACGGUCAAAUUGGUUUCGUUUAUAAUACUGAUGUUGAACCAUUACAUGUUAUAUCAAUAUCUAAACCAUUGAUUACAACAAUAACAAAAACGAAUAAUCAUAAUCAUUUAACUUCAUUAAAAAUGAGUAAUUUUUUUCAUCGAAAAACUGAUGGAAAGAAAAAUUCUACUAAAACAAAAAAUAAACAAUUAUCAAAAGAUAUGAUUGGUUUACCACAACCCGAUUUUAUUCAUGCAUUUCAUAUUGGAGUAUCAGGUGAAACAUUUGGUGAUGUUACUUGUCUUGCUGGUGUUGAAAAAACAGAUUUAAUUAAAAUGCCUAUUGAAAAAAGUCCAUCACUUAUGAAUGAAUUUGAAUCAAAUUAUAAACAACCAAAUGUUAUUAUUGAACAAAAACAAGAAAUAAUUUCUGUUGAACAACAAACAAAUGAUGAACAUACUUCAUCUUUACUUGAUGAAGUUUUACAAGCAUUUACAGAAAUAUAUUCUGAACCUGAAACAACGUCAUAUCUAUUAGAAGAUAAUGAUAUUUUACUAAAACCACCACCUAAACCUGAACGAAGUGAACCAACAUCACCAAAAUCUCCAACAACUAAUCUUAAAUUAUCACCAAUACCUUCAAGAACAAUCGGCUUAAAUCAAUCUCCACCGGAUAGCAUGACAGAUUCGAACAGUCGAUCUCCAUCAAAUCAUAAUCGUUUAUUAAAAAAAUCACCAAUAAAAAAAUCCAAUGAAGAAACUGGUCGAUUUUCACGUGAACUUGAACAACGUUUACAAAAUGGUGAUAUAAGUGAAGAAGCUAAACAUGCUUAUAAUUUAUUAGUUAAUGGUUGUAAAAAUAAUUCAUCUUUAUUACAUGAUGAACAUUUACAGUCAACAAGUCAUGAUGAUUUAUUAUUAAAUAAUAAUGAAAUAGAAAAUAAUACAAAAAAAUCACAAGAACAUCCAACAACAGUAUUGUUUGGUUCAUCAUCAUCAUCAUCUUCAACGAGUAUAUCAACUAGUUCAACAAGUAAUAAUACUCAAUCAAAUACAUCAUCAUCAUCAUCAUCAUCAAAUCAUCAAAAAUCAGAUCGUCAUUCACAUUAUUCAUCAACGUCAACAGAUAAUGAUAUUAGUAUUGAUCUUAAAUCACAAAAUGAUGUAUCACCAUUAAAACUUUUAAGAAAUGGUCUUAAUCCUUCAAAUCUAACAUCAAAAACAAUUCGUCAACAAAUAUCAAUUAAUGAAACAAAUUCAUCAAAUCAUUCACCUAUAUCAUCAACAUCAAAUACAUUAAGUAAUUUAUCUAUAACAUCACCAUUAUAUGAUCAUGAUCAUAAUUUAUUAUUAUUACCACCACCACCUUCACAAACAUCAUCAUCAUCAUCAAAUAAUGAUGAUAAUCGUUCAAUAUCAAGUUUUAAUUCACGUUCAUUAUCAACAAAUAAAAGUGAACAACAUUCAAUAACAGGACAACCUUUACCACCACCACCGGAUCUAUCAAGUUUAGGAAGUAAAUUAACAACAGCAACAAUGACACAUACAUUAAAAUUACCUGUACCAUUAACAUCAUCGACAUCAACAUCGAAUGCAUAUCGUUCGAAAAAACGAUUCAAUUUGUUUACUUCAUAA